AUGGUUGCCAUUAAGAACCUCUUCAUUGCCACCCUCGUCUCUAGCGUUAUCGCAACGCCACUCUUGAGCGGUCGCAACGUCCCAGACGUUGACGUCGAUUCAGUCAGUUCCAUCGAGACCCGAGGUGAAGCUGCCAAAAAUGUGAACGCUGCUGCCACAUACGGCAACGGCGGAUCAUUCGGGAACGGCGGAGCAUACAAGAACGGAAACGGUGGUGGUUUCAAUUCUGGCGGUGGCUUCAACUCUGGCAAUGGCGGCGGUAACUGCGACUAUUCCGAGAAGAACAGACUCGAUCAGGAGAUUCGCAACAGAGAGCGCAUGAAGAACCGUCUCGACGAUGAGAUUCAGAGACGCCAGAACAUGAAGGACCAACUGGACCAGGAGAUUCGUCGCAAGCAGAAUGGCGGUUGGUAA